AUGGGUUCUGCAGCUGACGAUCGGCGUACGCGCGUCUCCUACACGCUCCGGGAGCCCGAAGCUGAGCAGCAUCGCUUUGCCGUCAAUGCGGUGCGCUGCCUUCCCGGAGAGCAGGAUGUUGUUUUUACGGCUGGCCGUGAUGGGUUUGUGCGCGAGUACGACGUGCAGCCAAAGGGGCUGGCGCUUCGUGGCCGCUUUGCACAACACGUAGACUGGGUCAACAGUCUGGCCGUGUGUGAUGACAUUGGCUUCCUGCUGUCUGCGUCCUCGGAUGCCUCGGUCAAAGUCUGGACCCUAGCCUCGCGCCAAUGCGUUGCAACCUUGGACAAACACAAGGAUUACGUCAAAGCCCUUUGCUACACCCCCAAGAUGCGGCACUUUGUGACGGCCGGCCUGGAUGGCCGCAUCAUCGUCCACGACUUGAGCAGCCUGCGAGAUGUGCAAUCGACAGAAAUUCACCACAGCGACUGCUCCUUUUACUCACUGGCCCUAAAUGCCGAUGCCUCUUUAGUUGCAGCCGGAGCCUCUGAUCACAUUAUUCGUCUCUGGGAUCCCCGAGCUCGCAAGCAGCUUCACUCGCUCAAGGGCCACCAAGACAACAUCCGUGACCUGUUUAUGAGCGAGGACGGCAACCAUCUGCUGUCAUGCUCGGCCGAUUGCAACAUCAAGCUGUGGGAUAUUCGCCGCCAGCAAUGUGUCUCUACCUUGGGCGUGCACGAAGCUAGUGUGUGGGCCAUGGCCUGCUCCUCAGACCUCUCAAAGCUCUAUUCAGCAGAUCGUCUGGGCAGCGUGUUGGUAACCGAUCUGCGGAAAGCACAAGAGCAAACCUUGUCAAGUCAGCUUCUGGCUGCCUUCGAUCAGCCCGUCACCUCACUCUGCCUGGAUGAGCAACGCCAGCGACUAUGGGUUUCAUCGCUGGAUUGUUCCGUCUCGGCGUGGGACUUGCAAGGCACCACUUCCAGUGCAGCUGACGCCGCACUGGGAGCCUCUUCCGCUGAGAGCGAAUUUGUCGAGGCGACUGCGCUCCUGACUGAACCGCUUCUUCGUCUUGAGGGGGCACCGGCCAUUGUCAAGCACCAGCUUUUGCCCGAUCGCGAACGUGCACUCACGCAGUACAGCGAUGGGCACUAUGUCCUUAUCAACAUUGUCACGGGUGAACGCACCCCCUUGGACAGCACAAACUCUUUUGACGACACGUAUGACAGCAUAGAAUGCCUGCAGCAGGUGCCGUCCUGGUGCGCCCUGGAGCACAAGCUUGGGUGCCUCACCGUACACCUCGAGGCAAGCUCAGCGUUCAAGGCGUGGAAAUUGCUUGACCUCCACAACGUAGACGAUGCACGCAUCAAUCUCGGCGCGGCCGUCCUCCAGAGUCUGCAUCGAGAAUGGUUCGUGCGGAGCCGAAUUCUGAUGAAGCAACAGAGCGAUCCAAGCUUUAAACCGCUUGAUUCCUGGAUCGAAGCUGUGCGGGCCGAGGCUGUAGCUGCUGGCUUUCAACACGACAUUUUUGACUUGCCGGAGACUGCCAUUGUGAGCGUAACUCUGCAAAGCCAGGUGCUGGCCGCCGAGAGUGUGCAAGCGCUCGCGUUUCCUGCCAACUUUCAGCUUUAUGACGUGCGAUUGCCAAUAUGGGUGACUUCUGUGCUAACACAGCCGCAACACAUUGGUGCCAACCCCUGUGAUAAGAUUCAGUUUCACUUGUUACCCGCUGAAGGCGCUGAGACGGCGAUGGGAGCUCUCGACUCAUCAUUCUUAACAUGCAUGAGCUGUCUGCCAGCAUGGCGUCUGGCUCGGCAUGCGCAUAAUCGGCUGCCGCUGGUUGCCAAUGAGAUUGCUGCCCGCGAAGGCGAACCCACCCGCUGGCAAGCCACACGCCCGGAAAUAGGUAGCCAGGUUGCCGACUAUUUGGAAAUUCUCUGCAAUGAUCAGGUGCGUUUGGUCUGCCAGUCGGACAAGGCGAGCAUGCUGGUUGCUGGUCAGGAGACUGGUUCAGAGGCGGAUCAGCCCAUGGGACAACCGGGAGAAGCUUCCACCAGCUGCACCAAUGUUAUUCUGCUCGGCGCAACCGGGAGCCUGGCUAAAAAAUACCUGUGGCAGGCCUUUUUUGAGCUGGCAGCCACACAGCCACAGCAUAGCUUUGCAUUUUUUGGUGCCGCUCGUGCUGCGCCAGCCGACGGCGAAGCACUGCUUCGAACCAUUCUAUCCGAGCGCAUUCAUUGUUCAGACCUUAUCGAAGCUUGUGAUUCUGAGAUGCUGGACGCUUUCCGUCAGCCUGUGCGCUAUGCUCAGCUCAAAAAGGACGCUGACUUUGAAGCGCUUGGCAAGCGCCUUCAAUCUCUUUCCGAUCGCGCAUCAUGCGAUGCCCUAGUGUACCUUUCAAUCCCACCGGGGGCUUACAUAUCCACGGCUGCCAGCGUCAGCCAGCACCUACGACCUAAGGGCGCGGGGCAAAUCAAGAUUGUAAUUGAGAAGCCCUUUGGCAGCAACACGGAGAGCGCAGUCGAGCUGGGUCAAGGCUUACAUGAGCAGUUUGCAGAAGAACAAAUCUAUCGUAUUGACCACUAUCUCGGCAAGCGGGGUGUUGCACAAAUCGUGCCCUUUGUGCACCACAAUGCACACGCCUUGCACCGUCUCGACAUUCAGCGUGUCCUCUCCCACGUCGCCGUUCACAUGUUUGAGACCGAAGAUUGCGAAGGCCGCACGCGCUUUUUCGAUGAGUACGGCAUCAUUCGCGAUGUCAUGCAAAACCACCUGACCGAGGUCAUGCUGGCUGCAUUGUCUUUUGUCAUGCCACUGACUGGCCAUGGCAACUACCUCGCGUACAAGGAUUCGAUGCUCAUGCAGGGAAAACGAGCCAUCAUCAGCAGCGGCAAGGCGUUUGAAGCUCGUCGCGCCAAUGCCACCAUGACUUUUGCGGAUGGAACCGAAAUUUUGUUUCACAUCCAAGGUGAUGGCCAGCCGGCUCACGUAGCUAUUCCAGCAGAAGGGGCUGACUUUGGCAAUAUUGCUGCCCCCGCCGACUGGACUGAGAAGACCGUGGGCCCUCAGCGCCUCUUCUUCCCACCUGCCACCUUGGGCAGUGAUGUGGCUUACAGUCACCUGAUCCAGCAAAUUUUCGCCGGCAAUCGGGACGCGUUUGUGACAGACGACAACCUUGUGGCAUCCUGGCAGCUGUGGGAUCAAGUGCUAGAGAUGGCUGAUGAGAUGCCCAUCCGGGGCGGUGCACAGGUGGCCUUUGACUACCGCUACGACCUGCAUUACGUGCGUGCGGCACACGAUGAGUUGUAA